AUGAUUUGGGUUAUUCGCCAGACUGGAUUCGCGUUGGCUCCCUCGCCAGAUUGCCCCCGUUUGCCAGAUGGGGCCUGCCAGAUUGGCGCCAGAUUGGCUUCGACUACCCAGAUUAGCGCAUGCGAGAAAAGUGAGCAGUGGCAGCAGGCCCUGUCGCUGCUCGGCGGCAUGGUCAAGACGAGGCUGGAGCCCACUGUCAUCCGCGACCGUGCUGGGAUGAGGGCUUGCGAGAAAAGGCAGCAGAGGCAGCGGGUCCUGUCGCUGCUCAGCCGCAUGCUCGCGAGACGAAAUUUGAGCCCGAUACCAUCAUCUGCAGCGCUGGGAUGA